AAAAAUCACAAGAGAACGCUUACAUUGUCAUUAAAUCUUUAUGUUGAAAGGACACUAGCAUGGAGUGGAAAAAUAUAAUUUUAUUUAGUCUUCUACUCUUUGGCCAUGUUUACGGAUUUGUCACACAAGACGUUACUCAAGCAUCGCCUCCCAAUAUACUGGAACCGGUGAAACGGAACAUAAAUCAAUUCCGAGAAUGCCUCGACCAGUCACUGGCUCUGGCAGUGGACCAGGUCAACGUGAAACAACUACAGCCCGCCUUCGAUGCCCUCGGGGACCAACUUAAUAGGUUUUCCAAAGCGUUCGAAGCUCUUACUGCGUCUCCUGAUAGACCAGCACCAACGUUGUGAAACAAGCAUGAAAUGGAACGUAUUAAGGUGGUUACGUGGAGCAAUGUAGUGCAGUGGCGUUAGUUGUAUGCACUAAGACGCCUGACGCAAUAAAAGAUAGAAAAUCUCCAGUACGAGUUAUUAAAACUUAGGGGUAUGAUUUUUGUAACUCACGCAAUGCCUUUUUAUUAUAGUAUUAAUGGACGGACCAAGCUGAUGGCACACCUGGUGGUAAGUGGAAAACCAUCGCCUAUAAACAGAGCAACACUUCACAGGGCAUGCAAGGAAAACGUUUUGCAACAUGCCGCCCGUGUCUAUCAAUUUGAGACGACGGUGUCAUGUGCCUAAUAAUUACACGCCCUUCAGUCCGGCAUACACAGCAUAUAACACAGCAUUGCAAUGAUGCUGCUUAACAGCAGAAAUAACCAUGCCGAUAGUACUUCUCCGGACGAGCUCUAAAGCUUUAAAGUUUUUUGUAACUCAUACCAGAGAUUAUUUCCAUUUUAUUACAUCUUGACCGCAGCGUGCAUACACUAUUUGCACGCCACUGAGCUCGUGUACCUAUUGUAUUGACCACCACGAACAGUAAAGUUAUAGAAUGUCUUUUCAGCGCCCCUUAGGUAUCUCCUAGGCUAGCCUUUUACAACGUUUAAGUAUAUAUGUGGAUUAAUAUAUAGUAUUAUAUAAAUACCAAAAAAUAUGGUUGACAUUAUUUACGGCAGCCAUUCGUAA